UUUGGUUGAGUUUGAAGAUCUGUUUGAUUGAAUGUACUGCCCGAGAUAAUCGAGAUUACUGUCUGGAGCUGGAGUAUUUAACAAGAGUGUUUUUAUGCAUGCAAGAUGACAAAGAUCAAAAUGACCCGCCUUCUACGCAAUAAAAUGAAAACGAAACUGAAAGAAACAUUGCAAUGAAAACGUGAAUCGUAGUUGAAUGUCAUCAAGCAGAGCUCAACAUGGGAUCAGAUCAGUUUAAAUUUCUGAAUAAAAUUAUUUGUGCACUUUGCGAGAAAUCAGACGAAACUGAAAUCACCGGGCCUCUCUCUUCCAAAGGCAACAUCUCCGCACAUCAAAACUGUUUGUUGUUUGCAUCAGGGAUCUACUGCAAGAAUUCGCCCACCUACGACGACCUGUUUGGUUUUGAUGUAGAUGAUGUAAAGAAAGAGCUGAAGAGAGGAAAAAGACUACUUUGCCACCACUGUAAAAAAAACGGUGCUACAGCAGGAUGUGAUGUAAAACGUUGUAAGCGAUCGUACCAUUAUCCCUGUGCCAUAGAGGAUCGUGGCAGAGCCCUUGAAGACCGUUUUAUUCUGUUCUGUAAAUUACAUGAUCCAGAAUCCCCCCAAAAAAGUUUACCAGACGGUCGAAGGCCUAACAUGAAAAGGCCUGACAGGAGAGAUUCUGAUUCAUCUACAGGGUCAUCAGAAGUGAGUUUGCCCAAAAAGAAGAAGAACUCUUGUUUCUUAGAUUCUGAUGAAGAAAUUGAAUAUAUGUAUGCUCCAGUACAGUCAGAUAUAGAGGACUGUACACCUCCAAAUCAGAACAAUCCGUCAACUCCUGAUCCUGAAAGUAAAAGGCCCUGUGCAGAACCCAGUCCAUCAACCACAGGUUCAUUAAACUUAACGUCUGCUCAGAAGGCUUGUGGAUCAGCAGACAAUCCAGGAGAAUCGCGUGGCAGGAGUAAAUAUUAUCCAUAUAUGUACAGAGCAUGUACAUUUCGAUCACUAAAAGUGGGAACGCUCAGAAAGGGAAAAAAUAAAACCAAUCUAGACUCGGAUGAUGAAAGCCCAACCAGCACUGACCUUGUUGUAGCUCCAGGGGUGUCAGAUCUGGAGGACUCUGUGCUUCAAAAACAGCCCAGUUGGUCCACUCCUGUGCCUAAAAAAACAAGGCUGUGUGAAAAACUCAAUCCAUCAACCACAGCUGACGAUGACACCGACAUUGAUUCAGAAGAGUCUCAGAGUUUGUUACCAUUAAAACCGUACCGUAUCACUAUUCCCUGUAGCGUUAUUUUGGACUCUGGACCCUCAGCAGAAUCAGAGCACAGUCUAGAACCUUCUUCACCUGUCGGUGCAGCCCCAGCGGCUGUGUCUACCUCAUCUGGGUCUGUCACUGCCCCUGAACAUAAGGAAACGCCAUCCACAAACAGAACUUCUCCACCGCCCACAGCUCCAAGUACUGAGCCUGUCUCACCAGGUACCAUUUACUCUAUGGCUACCCUGGACUAUUUCACCUGUGAUCCCUCAGGUCAGGCUGGGUCACCUCAGCAUUCAAGCCCCACUGUAGACGUUCCAGAACUGCUAAUAUCCUCAGUACAAACAAUCUCAGCAUCUCGCUUCAAAUCUGAGCAGCUACCAGUAACUCCUCCGGCGGGGGUUUCUUCAUCACCUGGUCGUCCCACUGCAGCAGAUGCUUCUGGUGUGGGUACCACAGUGAGUUCCAAGUGUGCCACCAUAUUUUGGACCAGAUGUAAUGAGGCCGGGUGGACUAAAGAAAUCUUCUCAGAGCUUGUGUCUCAGCUGAGCAGUCUAGGAGAAAGAGUGCAGUCACAGAAAGCCAGCCACCAAGACUAUGAUGUUGCUCUCAAAGUAUUGGGGGCAUCUGGACGGCUGCCUUGCAUUAUUACUCAGCUGCAACAAGACCUGGAGAAACAGGAACAGGAUUUGCAGAAGAAAAAAGCAGCGCUGAGGGAUGCCAAAGCUGUACUAGAUGUUUAAUAUUAACAAUCUAACAGAAUUUAUAUGUUUUAUUAUUUUUAGCAAUGAUUUUUUUUUUCAACGUUUAUUUUUUUAAGUCCAGAACAUUUCUGCAGUUUGCAUAUGUUUUUUUAAUGGAAGUUUACAGUAUGUCGGUGACAGAAAUAUCAUGAAAUAUGUCUGCAUAUGCCAUUUUGAUAUGAUCAUUCUUCUGUUCUCAGUUUCUAAAUAAAACGGUUGCAACUGUACGAAACAUUCUUUACAGAAUGUCGUUCUUAGUAUCUUGGAUUGUAUUUUAAAA